AUGAUUAAAAGUAGUAGAACCAAAAGAAGAAAAACUAGACAAGAAAUACAUUUAUUUGAGGAAAUAUAUUCAAACUGUGAGUUAGAUGAAUGUGCUUCCAAGUUAUCCGAAGGACAAAACAUUGAACCGUAUGAAGGACAAAAUAUAAACAUAUUCCAAAAACAAAAAAUACCAGUUUCAAAUUAUAAUGUUGUAUUCGGAAAUAAUGAUGCCAUGAUACUGCCAUAG